GUAAGAUAUAGUUCGUAUAUGGGAAUAAGCAUUUAUACGCAACUGUGGCUUGUUUAAUAAGUUAGCUCAGCUCCACAUUAAAAAUGUCAACAACUAAAAUUUGUCAACUAUGUGGAACAUUCGAAAAUCUUUCUUUGUGUGGGGGGUGUAGGAAUGCAUGGUAUUGUAGUCAAGAUCAUCAGAAAUCUGACUGGAAGGUUCAUAAAAAAUCGUGUAAAGGUAAACAACGUUCUCAAAGAUCUGACUUGAAUUCGUCAGCAUCUAUUCCUUCAUCUUCAAUUCCAUCGUCGUCGUCUGAACCAGAGUCUUUCAAUCAACAGAAAAAAAACAAAGAAGUUUACAAAAAAACUAACAAGAGAAAACCUAAAUCAAAAACAAAUCACUUGGAUCCUUGUGGUGCAACCGAGGAAUGUAUUUCAUCGAAAGUAAAAUCAACAACAAAUUUAAGUAGCGUAGAAAAGACUGAAGUAUCUACCGGUGUCGCAAUUGAAAAUAACUCAAAAUCGUCUGCGAAUAACAAGAAUGUUUCAAUGCAAGAAAAUACAAGCAGGGAACUACAAUCAUUAAAACCCAAUUCUACCAGUGCCAAAACUGAUCAGACUAUUGUCCACACUCCAUCUAAACAGACACAUCAUAAAAUGACGUUAAAUACAGAACUCGUGAGCUAUGUUAUUGACUCUAUGAAGAAAUAUGGUAUUUGUCUAGUCGAUAAUUUCGUUGGAGAUAAAGAAGCAGAACUUAUUUUAAAUGAAGCUAAAGUUCUUUACGAUUCUGGUAAUUUCACUCAAGGUUUAUUAGUAAAUAACAAAAUCAUUUCAAAUGAAGAAACGAAAGUACGCGGUGAUAUGAUCAUGUGGGUUGACGGUAGUGAAAGUGGUUGUAAAAAUAUUAAAGGCCUUCUCGACCGCACAGAUUCUCUCAUUCUCACAUGUAAAGGACAAUUAGAUCGAUAUACCAUCAAGGGAAGAACAAAAGCUAUGAUUGCUUGCUACCCUGGAAAUGAUGCUGGUUACAUUCGCCAUGUAGACAAUCCAAAUAAAGAUGGAAGAUGUAUAACUUGCAUUUAUUAUCUUAAUAAAGACUGGGAUGUUGAGAAAGAUGGUGGACUUCUGCGAAUUUUCCCUGAAGGUCAAGAGAACGUUGCUAAUGUCGUACCAAAAUUUGAUCGCCUUCUAUUUUUCUGGUCAGAUCGCCGGAACCCACAUGAAGUACUACCUACAAAGAGAAGCCGCUAUGCAAUUACAGUAUGGUACUAUGAUGCAGAAGAAAAAGCAGCUGCUGACAAACUAAAUGCAUCUUCAAAAAAGCAAGAUGAAUGAGGAUUAGUUGAUGAUUAAUUGUUUAACACCUUACUUUCUGACUGAGAAAACCAGAUAAAAGUUGCUGAAACAAUGAAAAAAGUUUGGUUAAAUGCUUUAUUCCAUACUUCCCCUAUAAUUAAACUGAGGUCUAUGAAACACAUUUAACAACAAUAACAGUAGCACAAAUGUUUUCCUUUUCUUUUCUUUCGUUUGUUUUAAAAUGUGACAAGCUUUUAGCAGAAGUUGAUGAAAAGUAUUAGAAGAAAAUUCUGCAAUCUUUAAGUCAAUAAUUUUUAUGUUAACAUUAAAGAAAAAAAUUACAAUAUCUUAAUUUUGAUUUCUAUCUCUCUCCCAUCCAUAUUUUUUUUUUUACAAAUAACUCCUGAUUUCAUAGAAGUAAAUUCAGUAUAAUGUAUUGUACUAUCACUUGAUGAUGUAUUCCAAACCUUCAGUAAGUCCUGUACAGGACAUUUUAAUUCUGUGUUUAUCAUUCUAUUUUGCAGUGAGAAGCAUCAGAUCAUAUGGGGGGAUAUACCUUUGGUACACUGGCAAUGUAUCUAUUGAAAGAUUCAUCUCUCAUCUGCUUAACAACUCUUGUAGUCUACGAAAUCUUAAAUUUACUGCUUGAUUUGAAUCUAAAUUAUUAUUUCUUCAAGGGUAUUUUGAAGUAUUUUCCUGCAAGUUUGUUUUAACUUCCUCUUGUUUUUAGAAUAUAUUACUUGGAGACUAUUUACCGUAUAAUCAUUAAUUCUGAAGCUUUUGUUGUCUGAAGUCUUGUUUUAAUAUCCCAAAAUAGUUACCUGUGAGAUAUUUAUAAAUAAUUAUAAAUUGAGCUUCUUGUUUUGAUUUGUUAUGAUAAUUAUAUUUUUUUAAAUAAUGCUAGCAUUCUGAAUUUUGCCAACCCACCCAUCAAACAUCCAUAUGAAAGGAAUGUUUGAAAAAAAAAAUGAACUUCUCUUCAGUUUGAUAGUUUUGCUGCUUCUUAAAUGGAUUGUUGAAUUCAAUUGUUGAUAGUUGAAUAUCUUGGUCAUGGAUAAAAUGCACUGGUUGUUGAUCCUAAGCUAGUUUUCCCAGACACUCAACUCUUUCUUAAAAGUUAUUAAUAUCUCAGCUUUCUUCCAAAAGAAUUGUCAUGUGUCAUAAAUGAAACAGUUUCAACCAGAAAUUUAAAACUAGGUUUCAAAUUCAGUUUUCAAUAACUUACAGUUAUUCCAUAUUAUAAACUUUGUUCAUUUUUUUACAUGCUAUCAUUGCUUGGAUGGGGGACUUAUUUGAAGCAGGGUUUUAUGACUAGGUACUCCUGUCACCAAACUCUCAUCUGUUUUUUAAAUAAGAGAUUUUUUUAUUUGACAGGUCUUUAAAAAAACAGAGAAACUGGUUGUAACAUCAACAAGAAAUGUAAACUUUAUCACCAUUUCACU